AUGUCAAGCCAAAUCAUCGCGAGCCACCGUGAAAACGCUGAGAUUUACAACGGAGACUCAAAGAUAUGCAAGUUGAAAUCAAAUGAGCUCCUCGAGAAGAUUCGCAUGCCAAAAGGUCUCCUCCCUCUCGAAGAAUUGGAAGAAGUUGGCUACAACGAGACAACCGGUUUUGUCUGGAUGCGACAAAAGAAUUCGAAAGAGCACAAAUUUAAGAGCCUCGGAAAAUUGGCAUGGUAUGAUAAGGUGAUAACCGCGUUCGUAGAAGAUCAGUGUCUGAAAAAGAUAACCGGAGUUAAGAGUAAGGAAAUGCUUAUAUGGAUUAGCAUUAAUGAGAUCAAGAUCGAUGAUCUAGAUCAAAAGAAGAUCGCAUUUUCUGCUCUUACGGGACUUACGCGUAAGUUUCCCGUGUCAGCCUUCGAAGAAGAAGAGGAGUAA